AUGUAGAAAGAUGCUAUGGGUGAAUUAUCAGAAGUUGGUAUUAGAUAAUUGUAUGAAUUAGGCAGGAUUAUGAGAUUAAAGUAUGUAGAACAAGAAUAAUUUAUUUCAGAAAAAUUUAAGCAUUAAGAGCUUUUUAUUAGAUCAACUGACAAAUCUAGGACACUUACUUCAGCUUAGAGCUUUCUUUAAGGUUUGUAUCCACAAGAUACAGGUCCAUAAAUUCCAUAAAACAUUGCAGAUUAGACAUAAUAUUUAUUUCCACCUCAUGAAAGACCUUCAAAUUUUAAGCCUUAUAAGGGAUCGGAAAGCAUAUAAAAUAGAAUAUAGCCUAUUCCUAUUCAUACUGUAGAAUUUAAUAGAGAUAAGUUUCUAUUAAAUGCAGAAUCAGAUUGUUGGAAAUUAGAAAGCAUUAGAAAAUAAUAUUAGGAAAUUGAGAUGAAUAAACAAAUAAAUUUUUUUUAAGAAGAAUUGAAUCAGUUUUUAAAAAUAGUUUAAGAUAAAGAUUUAUUAUUAGAUAUGGUUUAAAUUCAUAAAUAUAUAGAUGGUCUUAUAUGCAAUGAAUUCAAUGGGUUAGAAUUACCAAAAGACUGGAAAGAAAAUAAAUAAUUUUAAAAGAAAAUGAAAGAUAUUUAUACUUUAGUUUUUCACCUUUAUUAUUUUGGAAAUGAAGAAGCAACUAGACUAUCAAUUACACCAUAUUUUAAAUAGAUCAUGAAAUUCAUAGAUGAUAAAAUCAAUUUAAAGUAGCCAAUCAAGUACUAUGCGUUAUUUACCCAUGAUGUUACUAUUGUUAAUAUUUUAAAUGCAUUAAAGCUGGCUUCUUGGUAGUGCAUUAAAUAAAAUAUCAUAAACAAUUAAGUAUCACCUGACUGUGUUCAUUAUGAUUCUGAUUUUGCUUCAGAUAUAUUAUUAGAAGUAAGAUAUCAUAAAUCCACUUAGUAAUAUAUAGUUGUAACUCUUUUUAAUGGUGAAGUGAUUGAAUUGAAAAGAGGUUAAAAAUAUUUAUCUCUUGAUGAAUUUAGGAAUAUUCUUUUGUCAUAGAUUGUUGAUGAUUAUGAUUAAAUAUGCUAAUAGGGUAAGGAAGACUAAUAAGAUAAUUCACUUUUGGCCAAACUGAAUUAAUUUAAUAAAGAAUUUUCUCUUUUUUCUAACUCAAUGAAAAAUUUGGCAUAUUCUGUUAUGUCUGCUUUAAUAAUUUUGUUUAUUACUUGCCUAUAUUUGCUAAAGUCAGUUAGAUAAUAUUAAAAAACUGUUUAAUCUUAAAAGAAAGUUGAUUGA